AUGGAAGGUGUAUCAUACGAAGCCAAGACCAAAAAGUUGAUACUAGACCCAGAAAUUGUUUCAACAUCACCUGCAUUGAAGUUGGAAACAGAUCAGCUUAAUGUUAUCAUUCAAGAACUAAUAAAUCAGGGUAGUGAUGUUCCUCCUGUGCCUACUCCAGAAAACUUCAACAAAGACCUUUCCAAAAUGAUUAAAAAGUUGUAUGAUGGUGGUGUUCAAUCAUUCAAAAUGGGUAAAUUUGACGAUAGUGCUCGACAAUUUUCUGUUGGUAUUGAAAUGAUUUGCAGAAGACCCAAACUUGAAAGCUUUGCUGGAACUAUACAAGAGCUUUCCAAGUUUUUAAUGAGCAGAUGCGAUGCAUACUUGAAAACAAAGCAAUAUUUGCAGGCCUACAAUGAUGUUGAUAUUCUUUUAAAUAUGCAAAUGAAUGCUCCUGAUAAUUUUUUGAGGAGAGGUGUUGCCAAUUACUUUUUGGGUAAUUAUGAACUUGCGAGAGCUGAUUAUCAAAGAGGUUUGGCUUUUGAUGAAAGCAAUCAAAGGUUGCAACAUGAAUUGAAUAUUUGCUUGGAUAAGAUUUUGGAAGAAAAUGGAGAUUAUUUGUAG